AUGUUUGCACCGUUUGUGGUUGAGAUGAUAGCUGGACAAGGGAAUCUCUCCGGCUUAAAUACCACUGUUUGGGCUGCUGGUAGUGAUAGUUGGGUCAGCAUGAUGCAAGACAAGGGCACAAAUAGUACGGAUCAUGCCGUUGGAAUCGAAUCUAGAAGCCUCACGGGAGUACCUAAUGUAGCUGUAGUAGCUAGCGCCGGUAGGUAUCAUGUUGGUGAGCAACGCAACGGCAACGUCGAGUAA